UUUAAAGCAAUCAUUAUGGCCAACAUAAAUCAACGUCUUCAGUCAAGUAAUUCAGCAUCAACAUCGGAUCGCUUGCGUAACAAGCGACGACUUCAAAUGUAUCUCAAGCUCAUCGAUUUGUACAGCCAACACGAAUGUUUGUGGAUGGAAAAUCACAAGGACUUUUUCAACUUUGCUCUCAAGGAAAAUCUGUGGGAAGAGAUUGCCAACCAAAUGAUAAGUCCUUUAAAUCCCAUUCCAAAUGUAGAUAAAUGGAAGCGGUUAAUACACAUAUUGCGCUACAGAGUCCAGUUUGAGCAAGUGCACCAGCAGGAAGCCAAAUUUUAUAACCAGGUCGAUGAGCUGCCGCGAAAGCUGUGCUAUUCGGAUAAAUUUCAUUUCCUAUUUAAGCACAUGUUCGAUAGAAAAGACCAAAGCUUACAACCGUCUACAGCUACUAUGCCACUGGAUAAAUCCGAGGAGCAGCCCCAAGAGAGUCUCGCUGCCAAGUGUAUGCGAAUGGGAAGGGAAAAGUCCAAGACUCGUGUCUCUUUUUCACACAAGCUAAAAGCGAUGGAAAGCUUAAGGAAUCGUCGACGCAGUACCCUCCUCCUGACACCCGAAGCCUUUGAAAAUCUAAAGUCGACGGGCAAGAAACGCUCCACAUGAAUCGAAGAAUGAACAAAGAAUAUUUUGUGCCUUCAUAAAAUUCGACAAUAUAUUUACAUAUAGCCUUUUUCGAUUUUAUUACA